AUGGUCUGUGAACUCCAAGUGUUUGGCUCCAGAUCACUGCUUUUGAGUCCCAUGUUUUCUAAAACCUAUGGACCUGUGUAUACUCUGUAUGUUGGAUCACAGCCUACUGUGGUAUUGCAUGGCAAGGAGGCAUUGAAAGAAGCUCUUGUUGAUCAUGGGGAAGAAUUCUCUGGAAGAGGAAGGUUGCCAAUUUGUGAAAAAGGUUGCAAAGGACAGGGCAUCGUUUGUAGCCAUGGUAAUGUGUGGAAAGCCACAAGGCAUUUCACAGUCAAAACCCUGAGGAAUUUGGGCAUGGGAAAAGGGACCAUUGAAGACAAAGUGCAAGAGGAAGCAAAGUGGCUAGUGAAAGAACUGAAGAAAACCAAUGGCUCACCCUGUGAUCCCCAAUUCAUCAUGGGAUGUGCUCCUGGCAAUGUCAUCUGCUCCAUUAUCUUGCAGAAUCGUUUUGAUUAUGAAGAUAAGGAUUUUCUUACCUUGAUAGAAAAAGUGAAUGAGGGCGUUAAAAUUAUAAGCUCUCCUGGGAUUCAGGUUUUCAAUAUAUUUCCUAUACUUCUUGAUUAUUGUCCGGGAAAUCAUAACAUAUAUUCAAAAAAUUAUACAUGGGUUAAGAGUUACCUUUUGGAGAAAAUAAAAGAACAUGAAGAAUCGUUGGAUGUUUCAAAUCCUCGGGACUUCAUUGAUUAUUUCCUAAUUGAAAGAAAUCAGGAAAAUGCCAAUCAGUGGAUGAACUAUACACUUGAACACCUGGCAAUCAUGGUGACUGAUUUGUUUUUUGCUGGAAUAGAGACAGUAAGCUCAACAAUGAGAUUUGCUCUCCUGCUCUUGAUGAAGUACCCACACGUCACAGCUAAAGUCCAGGAAGAGAUUGACCAUGUGAUUGGGAGACACCGCAGCCCCUGUAUGCAGGACAGGAGCCACAUGCCCUACACAAAUGCCAUGGUCCACGAGGUUCAGAGAUACAUUGACAUUGGUCCAAAUGGUCUGCUUCAUGAAGUGACCUGUGACACUAAAUUCAGAAACUACUUCAUACCGAAGGGAACAGCAGUACUAACAUCACUUACAUCAGUGCUGCAUGACAGCAAGGAGUUUCCCAACCCAGAGAUGUUUGACCCUGGUCACUUUCUAGAUGAGAAUGGAAACUUUAAGAAAAGUGACUACUUCAUUCCUUUCUCAGCAGGAAAACGGAUGUGUUUGGGAGAGAGCCUGGCCCGCAUGGAGCUGUUUCUAUUCCUGACAACCAUUUUACAGAAUUUCAAACUGAAAUCUCUGGUUGACCCAAAGGACAUCAAUACAACCCCAAUAUGUUCUUCACUUUCUUCAGUUCCUCCCACUUUCCAGAUGCGCUUCAUCUCUCUCUAAUGAAAACCAGAAAACAGAAAUGAAGAUGAGGAAAGAUCCUGCUGUUUUGUUUUCUGAAGUUACCCACAGAAGCCUUCAUUUACUACUGUCAUAGAAAUGCCACGGUAUCCUUCCUUCUUCUCACAGCUUCGGUUCUCUAUUUGUCCAAGGACAAUAGUUCUGCAUUAUAUAGUUCCUAAACUCAAUGUAAAAGAUCCUGAUAAAGAAGCCACUUCAAAUAAAAGAGUUCUACUGUGA